AUGAUAAACGAUUUAAGUAAUGUCAUUUGUCGUAAUAUAGUGUUGAACAUGCUAGAGACACUGACGCGAAAUAACUGGGCCAUCGUAAAAUUUUUCAACUGAAUCGCGUCGACCGGCCUAAACCUCUGUUUAUUUUAUGUCUUUGGGACUCUAAGAAGCCAUCUAUGGGCCGUUUAAAGUACAGUUUUAACUUGAGAGAUGCAUGGGAAUUUAUGACAGACGAUCGAUCAUGACUGUUGUGCUUUUCAAAAAAUGACUUUCUAUUUAACGGCUUCGACGUACGACAAAAUUUGAAGUUGCUUUCUAGAGCAGGAAGCUAUGGCUUUUAGAACGUGUAACAUAUCUGCUCGGGCCGUCUUUCUUUUCAACAUUAUAACAGUUUUAGUUCUUGUGACAUAUCUUGUUGAUUUAGAAAAAAAGAUAGCUAAUGCUAAGGACAGUUCAGAACAUGAUUCAAGCCUGCUUAAUAACCAAGUCAAUGGUGCAUUACUGUCUAACAGUUUCUCAUCACAAAACCUAACUGUAUUCUACAAUCGUGUCCCCAAGACUGGGUCAACCUCCUUUGUUGGUUUGGCAUAUGAUUUGUGCUCAAAAAAUAAAUUCAAAGUACUUCAUGUAAAUGUCUCAAAAAAUGCACAUACUAUGUCAUUGCCUGAUCAGUUGCGGUUUGCAAGGAAUUUAAGCCACUGGGAUCUGAAGCAGCCAGCAUUUUACCAUGGACACAUAGCAUAUUUAGAUUUUGCAAAAUUUGGAUCUUCAUCACCAUUGUUUAUUAACUUAAUAAGACAGCCGCUUGAUAGAAUGGUGUCCUACUAUUACUUCUUGAGAUAUGGAGAUGAUUUUCGUCCACACCUAAUCAGAAGAAAGCAAGGGAACAAAACAUCUUUUGAUGAUUGUGUGAAAGAGGGACAAGCAGAAUGUGAUCCAAACAAUUUGUGGUUGCAAGUGCCUUUCUUCUGUGGGCAUCAUGCAGACUGUUGGGUACCAGGUAGCACUUGGGCAUUCGAACAAGCAAAGAAUAACUUGGUUAAAAACUAUUUAUUGGUGGGCGUAACCGAACAAAUGGAAGAAUUUGUCGCUGUUCUGGAAGCUACUAUUCCUAAUUUAUUUAAGGGGGCUCUAAAGCUUUAUCGCAAAGGCUCGAAAUCUCAUUUGCGAAAAACAAACAUGAAGAUCCCGCCAAAAGCUGAAACAAUAGCACGUUUUAGAAACUCAACCGUAUGGCAGUUAGAAAACGAAUUUUACGAAUUUGCACUUAGGCAAUUCGAAUAUGUGAAAUCUCGUACCUUAAAACCCGAUCUUUCAGACAAAGGGCAACAAUAUUUUUACGAAAAAAUUCGUCCAAAAUAAACCGUCUUAUCAAAAA